AUGGCUGUCCAAACCCUUAGCCCGACGUCCUCCAUCGCGAGGUUGCCUACGUCGGCCAUCUCCAAGGUCAAGGACGCCUUGUCUCUCGCCCACCUCAUCACCGAGAGCAACAUCAAGGCCUAUGUCCUGCCCGUCGUCCUCUUCGCCAUGCUGAGCUUGGCGUCCGGGGGCGUCACCGUCAAGUCCCCCAGCUGGGCUGACGUCGCGGCCUCUUUCCCGAGGGCCCUGCUCUGCAUCUGGCUCUACGUCUUCCACUUCGACCUCAGCAACCAGAAGGACCCGGAGUCGGUCGAAGAAGAUAAGAUCAACAAGCCCUGGCGCGCCAUCCCCUCCGGCCGGCUCAGCAUCGAGGACGCCCAGAAGUGGUACGUCGUCGCCACCGUCCUCCUCCUUGUCGCUAGCAUCGCCCUCGGCGGUUUCCCCGAGGCCCUGGCCUUCAUGGCCGAGACCUGGGUCUACGACUACGUCGGCGCUAGCUCCUGGUGGGGCAAGAACAUUAUCAAUGCUCUCUUCUACUCGACCGGCCAGCUCGGCGCCACCCGUGUCGCCUCCCACUCCAACAACAUGGCCCGCGCCGGCUACGAGUGGUGCGCCCUGCUCGGCCUCAACACCCUCACUACCGUUCAGAUCCAGGACUUCAGAGACAUCAAGGGCGACGGAGCUCGUGGACGCCGCACCCUGCCCCUCGCCAUGGGAGACGUCCCCUGCCGCUUCCUCACCGCCUUCUUCAUCGUCUUCUGGUCCAUGGCCCUGUGCGCGUACUGGCAGUGCACCCCCCUUGAGUACAUCAUGCCGGUCAUGAUGGGCGGCUACGUCUCGUUCCGCCUGCUCUUCGACCACUCUACCAAGGCUGACCGCAUGGCCUUCCACAUCUACACUCUGGGAUGGCUGCCGAUCCUCUACUCUAUUCCUUUUGUCAGCAAGUUGGGUUUCCUUAGAUUUGGAGCAUUGAACUAG